GACCUCUUCGCACCUUCACUACCCUCGUCACCAAAAGGAUCUGAUCGUCGCAAUCACAAUGACGGGACAGCUUCUCCAGAUGAAAAGAAGUGACGCCCAUGCAGGCAUGCGGAAGCAUCAAUGACGUCGCUUCGCCACAUAGAUGUCGACGUUGCCAAACAAACAAAGGCUCGGUGCAGGCCAUGUCGAUGUCGAUGUCGCUGGCCUGGAUGAGGAUUUGAUAUACGGCUAGCGAAUGGAAGAGGGUCGCGAGCACCGAUGACUGAUACCAUCUCUUGAAAAGGACUUUACCAUCGUCCAUCACGCACAGCGUCGCCUCUUGGCUCAUUCCCAUAAUCGCCAUGCCUCUGAUCAGUGAGCCAUGGGCGGUACCAGACUCGGAGUCAUCGCGCCUCGUGGCCUUGUCAGCCCAUCUGAAUCCCGGCGUCGCACAAUCUCUGGCACGAGCAUGCUUCUGGCUGGGCCCCUUCACCAUGGGCGCAGUCACCUGGGAGACAUUGUCGACGUUGCCAAGCAACUUUACCGCCCUCAUCAACGUAGCGACAGAUGGUAAUCGCCGACUUAGCCGCCGGACAUUCGACGCUGCAAUGCGAUUGAGCACUCUCAUCUCGCAAGCAGCCUGCCUCGCCGCCCUAGCCAUCUACAACGCAUGGACGCAUGGCGACCCCGAGAUUGGCUGCGGGUCAUGGCCUCGGGCAUUCGUGGGAAUGUCUGCUUUAGCCGUCAGCUUUGCCGUAAGCGUCUUUCUGCUGCAGGUUCUCAAGAUGGCCCGACUUCCCAUACCAGUAAUCUGCUUGAUUGGCUUUCUCGGCGUAGCACAAUUGGUUCUCACGCUUGCGUCCAUCGACGCCUGGCACGGAGGACUCAGGCCUAGCGGAGCGGCUUGCUACAUUCGCAUCUCGAGAUGGUUUGGUGCAUUCAGCCUCCUGCCCCUCAUCGCCCUGUUCGUGGCCAUCAGCACGCUUACCGUCGGCAUAUCUCAAGAGCGCAUUCGCAUCUCCUCAAGUCGUCGCCUUCAAAGGCCUAAGAACCUGCCUUUUACACCCCCAGUCGAUGACCGACCAGCGGAGAAGACUGCAUCUGAGAGCCAUCUCGAUCGGCUCUAUCGCGCAGCAGGCGUCGAGCCACCCAAUGCAGACGAUGCAGAGCAGGUCGAUGCGAUCGGCCGCUCCUUCCUCAAGCUUAGUAAUAGCGAUGCAGGGUCCAUCGUUUCGGCUGAUAGGCAUAGCGAGCGCUCCUUCGAAGCGCUACGACGCUAUAGUGCGUGGGCCAUUCCCACGGCUGUGACCCUUCUCUGCGGCUGCAUCAUCGCAUUCAUGGACCUCUCGCCAAUUCUGCCUCUCGUCUAUCAACCGAUUCUCAUAGUCAUCCCGACUCUUUGCGCCAAUCGUCUCUGCAGCAUGCGCAUCACCUCAAGCGACCCCCGUCGCUCAACGGCAUGCAAUUCGGGCUCAAGCGGCAGCAUGAGUCGCGACGGCCUAGGCAGCACCUUGACCGACCACAAGGCCACUCGUAGAGCCGGUCGCUUCCAGCCCCUUCAGCUGCGACUCGGUCACAGCAACGCGCCAUCUUCGCGUACGAGCACCAUCGAUAAUCUGGGAAGCAACGACGUUGCGAUCGGUGGCAUUCGCAAGGUGGGCACGGCUCGCUUCUUGAUGCAUCACGCCAGUGGUCAGUCGUUGCGCGCCCAUUUCAUGAACGACGGCAAGCAGCGACAACGGCAACAGCAGCAAGAGUCACAGCGUCACGGUAGCCUUCGCCACAAUCCAGCAGGCAGCGUAGAGAACUUCGUGCAGCGAUCUGGCGCCAUCAGCGGCCCAAUGCUCGGUCCUUCCUCCAGCAUGCGCAUGGCCAUCCCGCCUGCCACCAACCUACCAGACGGCUUCUUCCGUGCUUCGACCGCUGCCUCUUCCAGCGCAAGGACGGAGGAGACCUCCUCGCCUACCACGAUGAUGCGAAUUCGGACCGAUGAUGCACAUGGAGAUCAAGAUCCGUGGAAGAGUGCACUGCUCCAGCCGCCUCAAGGCGCCGCUUUCCGCUCCUAUGAUAAUUUGAGGAGCAUGCAGCGCUUACAAGAUGCUGGUGUCGCCGUAGGACCUGGAGGCGUGACAUCGCUUGCUCCGGUGCCGAGGCGAAAGAAGGCUUCACUGACCUUUAAGACUCGGGCCGCCUCCAGUCGACCGGGCAGCGAUUCAAAGAAGCAAGACGCCUCGACGUCAAGCACAGCAGCUGCUGCGGAUGUAGCUGAAGGCAGCGUUGCGCCUUCCUCGCAGCGCGACAGCCUUUUAUCUUCCCAGCAGUCGCGUCCCAGCAGUGGCGGCAAAGAGGGCGCGGGCGAUCACCCAGCUCUCACCGCAAGAGACGAGGCCUUCCGUACCAUUUCAACUCAGCCACCAUCUCUCGCCGCAGCUGGCACGGCAAUGGCCGACAGACUUGCUCCCACGACGACCGACUCAAACAGCAUGCUCCGCUCAAGCGAUCGCAGUGCCAAUGACUCGCAAUUACAACCUCGCAACAGCGAUGCACGCCACUCGUCGCAGGAGCUCGAUCCUGACCCACACCUCCUACGCGAAGACAGCGGAGAGGGAGGUGAAGGGACGUAUCGCUUCUCUGGGCCUGGACGACCGCUCUCGAUGGCUUUCGAGCCCUCUGCGCCGCGGGAUGGGUCUAUAGAACUCAAUGGCAGCGAAGCAGGCGGACCAACUUCUGAUCGCGGGUCUCUACAGUCGAUGGGUAAGCACACGCACGGUGGCGCUGGCACUGCUGCUGGGCCAGAUUCUGUACCCAUGCAACCCUCGCUCUCCUCCUCGUCGGGUACGGGUGGUGCUCGCAAGCCUCGCGUUCUGGUUCCAGCACCAAAGACGGCCACCACGCCAUCGGCGAAGAGCGUCUCGCUCGCCGACCUGGACGACGAUGAGCUCAAGCAAGUACUCGACGCCCGCGGCUUCGCCAUCGAUGACGCCGGUGGAAUCACGAGAGCCAAACGUCUAUCCAACGGGUCAAUUGCCUCUUCGCGCAUGAGUAGGGAAGAAGCAUUCGCACUGGCACUGGCGCAGAGGAAGUUCGAGGCCGACGAGGAGAAGAGGGCGGGAAAGGCUAUGGCGGGUGAUCAGAGGCAACAGCAGCUUCAGGCUCCAGCGCCUGCGUCACAGGCUGCGGAGACAGAGUCCUCCUUCGGUCUGCGAGAUAUUGCUGGCAAUCCACGGCUCCGGCAGCGACAAGAAGACCUCCAGGAAGACGAGGAGGUCGAAGCUAUGCAGCAGGAAGCAGAAUUGCAGCAGCCGGGCAAGAAGCAGCGCAAAGACAAGCAACGUGCUGAUACCCAACCACAAAGCGACCGCGAUCCCCGCAAGCCCUUCUUCCGCAAUAUCCUUCCCAUGGGCAUGCCUGAGCGGACCAACUCCUCCACCUCCGCAACUGGUCUUGUCCGUGGUCUCCGAAAGCGUCCUUCACAAUUGAGCGAAGAAGAACGCAAACCCUCGGACGGCUCGAAUCGUAGCGACCCUACGGCGAUUACGAGCUCGUCAGGCGGGAACUCGAGUGGGCAACAGAGCUCUAACUCUGGUUCGGGAGGGGCCGGCAAUUCGAGCGUGAGCGGGGAUGCGCCUAGUGGGAGAAUGGUACUUGUUGGCCGUCGAGUAGGAGUAGGCGAGCGCGGAGCCCUGCCAGAGGGAAGUAGGAUCCUCUCCAGGAUCACGUCGGGACAAGUGCACCCGCAGCCAUUUGAACAGGGAGCGGUGAAGACCAAGACUAGCUUUGGGCCAAGGUCGCAGCACCAACAGCAACCGCAAGCCCUGCCGGUGGCCAGGUCGCUGAGGAGUAAAGCGAGCGGCAGUGAGGGCGGUCAGUCUGCCAAGAGCCGGGACACGUUCGGCGGGAGCUUCGGCGCAAGAAGUGUAGCUGGGAGUGGGUAAGAAGUGCCUUUCGAUGCUGUGCGCGCUUUGAACAGAUACCUAAAAUUAAAGAUAUACCAAAUGAGA